UACAACAAAAAUUCUGUGUACAGUUGGGGCCUGGGGGUUAGGUAUCCCCUAAAAUCCAUCCAAAUACAGGCUAUGGGCUCCUAGUUAACUUCUCUGACGGGUUCUCUCCCCAGGAUUUUGUUAUUACUCCAUGAAGAUAGGAUUGCAGGGUGAUAGAGGGCUCGGAAACAAUGAGUUGAUUUGGUGGUGGUGUAGGGAAAGGUGGGAGGAAUGCCAACAUCAACACCACUCCGGAAACAGGAAAGGCACACUUGGGAUAGGUACCCCAACAUCUAGAGCGUCAGGACCCGCAACCACCCCUGGCAGCGCCUCCGAGUUGCCUGGCAACCCAGCUGCGCUGGGCUCGCGAGCGUAAACGUGCGGAUGAGGCCCUUGCUCUCCCCUCCCCCUCCGGGUGAUGGUGACAACCGCUAGGUCUACUUGGGUCUCUGUACCCGCCUAGAAGAGACAUCUGAGGCACGAAUCCCUCGGCAAGGGUCGGUCGGCACCAUCGCGGGAAAAUAGAGACUGAACGUCAUGCAGGAUCCAAAUGAAGAUACAGAAUGGAAUGAAAUUUUAAGAGAUUUUGGCAUUCUUCCUCCAAAAGAAGAGCCAAAAGAUGAAAUUGAAGAGAUGGUUUUACGUUUACAGAAAGAAGCAAUGGUUAAACCAUAUGAGAAGAUGACUCUUGCACAGUUGAAGGAAGCUGAAGAUGAAUUUGAUGAUGAAGAUAUGAGAGCUAUUGAAACAUAUAGAGAAAAACGGUUACAGGAAUGGAAAGCUCUUAAGAAAAAACAAAAAUUUGGAGAGUUAAGAGAAAUUUCUGGAAAUCAGUAUGUGAAUGAAGUCACAAAUGCAGACAAAGAUGUAUGGGUUAUAAUUCAUCUAUACAGAUCAAGCAUACCAAUGUGUUUGCUGGUUAAUCAGCAUCUUAGUCUUCUAGCAAGAAAGUUUCCAGAAACUAAGUUUGUUAAAGCCAUCGUGAAUAGCUGUAUUCAACACUACCAUGACAUUUGUUUACCAACAAUUUUUGUUUACAAAAAUGGUCAGAUAGAAGGCAAAUUCAUUGGAAUUAUAGAAUGUGGAGGUAUAAAUCUCAAGCUAGAAGAACUUGAAUGGAAGCUAGCAGAAGUGGGCGCAAUACAGACUGAUUUGGAAGAAAACCCUAAAAAAGGCAUUGUAGAUGUGAUGGUGUCUUCAAUUAGAAACACUUCUAUAUAUGAUGACACUAACAGUUCAAACAGUGAUACUGAUGAUACCAAGUAGAGGGAAGUAGUUAAUAAAUAGUUUUAAAGUG